AUGAAAGAGUUUUUUUGGGCUGGUAUGAAGACCACACAAAGGGUGGAGAGCAUCAAUCGGUUUUUCGAUGGCUAUGUUAACCGCAAAACCAAACUACAUGAGUUUCCUGAAAAGUAUUGCAAGGCCUUGGAUCAACGCGUUCGAGAUGAAGUGAGUGCAGAUGAGCGUUGCUCGAAGUACCUUAGGAGGUUGGUUAGUGGCUUCAAAGUGGAAAAAAUAUUUCAAAAGUUAUACACGGACAACAAGUUUCAAGAAGUUCAAAAGGAGUGUACGAGAAUGAUGUAUUGCAACGUCCGAGGAGAGAAGGUGUUGUCUGAAAACCUUAUUCAGUAUUCGGUGGUCGAUCGUGUAUGGAUAGUACCUCCCGGUGGCAGUGAGGAUGUCAUUACAGAUAGGCGAAGAACCUACAAUGUUACUUUCUUUCAAACGACAAAUGAGGUGCAGUGUGACUGUAGGAAGUUUGAGACAAGUGGCAUACUUUGCAAACACUGUAUUAGGAUUCUCAAUGAAAACUUGGUUGAAGAUCUGCCAGAGAAGUACAUUGUAGCCCGUUGGCGGAAGGACAUACCCCGGAAGCACACUAGGGUGAAGGUGGCCUACCAUGAUCCGGGCGACACUGUCACUGUGAAGAGAUUCAAUAAAAUGAUGGGAAAAUUCGAGCCCUUAUGUGAAACCGCUGCUAUGGUGGAUUAUCAAACGGUCCAUAUGGUAUUGGAAACACUGUCAAAGCUUCAAUUAGCUGUUAAUGACCGUAGGGACAAGAAGAGUCAGCAGAAUGUUCCGGUAGUUAGUACACUAUCAUCAUCAGCAGGUGAAGACAUAACGAUUUCCUCAGUUAGGAAGCCCGCUCCUACUGCUCCUGCAGAGCUCGGAGACCCCUGUCCAGCUGCCAUGGACCCAGUUCUCAAAGACCCUAUAAUUAAGAAACGGAAAAGGGGCAGGCCUAAGGGUUCAAGGCACAAAACGUUAGCUGAAACUGGCUACAAGAAAACCAACAAGAAUAAGAAGCCUAGUCCUGACGCAGGAGAUGAUGUUGGUGUUGAGGAGGAUGCAGGAGAUGGUGUUGAGGAAGAAAUGGUGUUGCAGGAAAUGGUGUUGAGGAUGCAGGAAAAGGCAGGAACGGGAGAACCAGGUAAGACAAAGGGGAAGGGCAUUCCAAUCGAGGGGAAGUCAAAAACGUCUUCUCGACCUGUAAAGCACAAACGUCUUGAUGAACUAAUGGCCGAUGAGUGA